ACUGUGAUCCAAUCAUCAGGCGAAACGCCAAUGACUGGAGGUACAACAACAGGCCAAGGUUCGAAUGACUACCAUAUGACUACUACAUGCGUAAAUUACAUGAUGCAGUCGCAGGACAACAAAGGAAAUAUCGUAGAUAAAGGAACCGCUAACACCAUCACCCACACUACGAUAACAACUGCAGAUGCAGAUGUUUUUGUCGGGACCGCAGAACCGGCAACUCUCUUAGUUUUGCCCAUUAACAGCGUUCCUAAUUGCUUGGAUGGAUUAAAUAUCGUGGCUCAUGAUGUUAAGGCAUCUACAGCAAGGGAGUGCUAUAAUUGUGCGAUUUGUGGUCCAGUAUGGAAACAAAGAUACCAGGGAAAUGUUUACGGAUAUUACAAUGGCAUAAGUUAAGGCUUUGACAAAGGCCUCAUCAAAUACUCUACGCAAUAACUAUGGCUAACUUUAAUACUGCAAUAUGGUGGUUUAAGGCAACAGCUGCUGUUUAGAGCCACAAAAGAAACAUUGUAAAUGAAUUCUGGUGUCAACAAUAUGAACAAGUCUCUUGUAUAUGCGGUUGUUAGGUUUCUCCACUGGCUCUCGAAUUUUAAUGGGUAUUUCAAAAUUGGUUUUAAUGACUGCAGCAAGCAAACACAUAUUUUUUUACAUUGUAUUUUGAAAUGCAUAUAUUGACCGAAAAACUACAGAACUCUUCUUUAAUAAUUGAUAAAUUAAGAAAAAAGAGAAACUUUACUUUAGAUAAUUAAAAAAUGGUAAAGCAAGCUGACAGGUCUUCUUGUUCGGGCUUUGGAUUCAACCCCGAAUUCUUGUACUACGGAAACUUUUUAAAUUUCAAUUUCCUUGAUUUUUCGUUUGCCCAAAAUUAAAUUUAAAUUUGAAUGUUA